AUGACAGAACCCCCCCUCGAAAUAUCCCACGUCCAAAUAGACGUUGACCUCGACAUCCAAGAAAUCCUCCUCGCCGCCUCGCAACACAACGUCCCCAAACUCCGUCAACUACUGCGUUCCAACAACGUUGGUGCCGAGAACCCGGCCAACGUCAAGGAUCCUGAGACGGGGUAUUCGCCUUUACAUGCUGCUAUCGCGGCUUGUGAGCCCGACGACGAUGAGGGCCAAGAAGAGCAGGUGAAUGGUGCAGGGGAGGAGGAAGGAAAAGAAGAAGGUGAAUUAGCCUUGGCGAGGGAGACGGUCAAGUUUCUUUUGCAGGAAGGAGCGAUUUGGAAUGAUUUGGAUAAGAAUGAUGAGACGCCGGGUUGUUUGGCGAGGAGGUUUGGGUUGAGCGAGUUGUAUGAGUUGAUGGUUGAUGCGGGUGUGCGUGCGGAGUUGUUAUUCAAUCGACUUGAGGGGUAUGAAAUGCUUGUCGAUGAGGAUGAGGAUGAAGACGAGAAACCGGACAAUAAAGAGGGAGAAAAUGGAGUUGAAGAAGAGGUAGCAGCCACAACCACCACCAUAGAAGCAGAGGAGGCAGACCCCAACGUCUCCAACGUCCGCUACCUCCACUCAAACCUCACAUUCCAGAAUGACCGACUGCUUGACAACGACCAAAACGGCGUCAUGAUGGCAUGGGAAUCCGACAUCAUGGCCCGCACAGCCCGCAAACUCCUCCCCACCCCGGGUUUACGAGUGCUCAAUGUUGGUCACGGAAUGGGUAUUGUCGACGGCUUCUUUCAAGACCAGAAGCCGGCAACACACCACAUCGUCGAAGCCCAUGCCGAAGUUGUGGAAGAAAUGAAACGGAAAGGAUGGCACGAGAAGCCCGGCGUCGUAAUUCACCACGGCAAAUGGCAGGAUAUAUUGCCCCAGUUGGUUGAACAAGGCGAGAUGUUUGAUGCCAUUUACUACGAUACCUUCGCCGAGUCAUACGCCGACUUUAGAGAAUUCUUGUCGGAGCAGGUUAUUGGAUUGUUGGAUACGGAUGGGCUCUGGAGUUUCUUUAAUGGCAUGGGGGCUGAUAGACAGAUUAGUUAUGAUGUUUAUCAGAAGGUGGUGGAGAUGGAUGUCUUUGAGGCUGGGUUUGAUGUUAGUUGGGAGGAUGUUCCUGUGCCUCCUUUGGAAGGGGAAUGGAGUGGUGUGAGGAGGAGGUAUUGGGUUGUUGAUAAUUAUCGCUUGCCUUUGUGUAAGUAUAUGGAUUAG